CGCGCGGGAGGGGGCGCCGUUGGCGCGAGAUAGGAAAGCGCCGCCAGCGCCGCCGCUCCGGACCCGCGCCCGGCCCUCAGCCCGGCCCGGCCCGUUCCGGCCCGACAUGGCUCGCCGCGCCCGCGGUGAGGACCAGGAUGAGCCACAUUACCAGGAUAACGAUUUGGAUGUGCCGGAGCAGCGGGAUGGCAGGUGCAAAGUCAAGUGGACCCCAGAAGAGGAUGAGCAGCUGAAGAUGUUAGUGAGCCAUUAUGGGCAGAAUGACUGGAAGUUCCUGGCCAGCCACUUUCCUAACCGCAGUGACCAGCAGUGUCAGUACCGGUGGCUGAGGGUGCUGAAUCCAGACCUGGUUAAGGGCCCAUGGACCAAAGAGGAGGAUCAAAAGGUAAUUGAACUGGUUAAAAAGUAUGGCACCAAACAGUGGACGCUGAUAGCCAAGCACCUGAAAGGGCGGUUAGGGAAGCAGUGCCGGGAACGCUGGCACAACCACCUGAACCCUGAGGUGAAGAAGUCCUCAUGGACAGAGGAGGAGGAUCGCAUCAUAUUUGAGGCCCACAAAGUCCUGGGGAACCGUUGGGCAGAGAUUGCCAAGCUGCUGCCUGGGAGGACUGACAAUGCUGUGAAGAAUCACUGGAACUCCACAAUCAAGAGGAAAGUGGACACAGGAGGUUUCCUCAAUGAAACUAAGGAGUCCAAGUCUCUGUACUUGCUCGUGGAGGUGGAUAACAAGGAGAGGCAAAGUCAGACGACACCUGAGAGCCAGAACGUCCUACCAAGCUGGCCAGUGGAUAUCUCUGAAAUAAAGGAAGAAGAUGUCAGUGAUGACGAAGUGACGGGUGUGCAGGAGCUGCCCUUGGAGCUGCCAGCUGCAGGAGUGGCAGAGCAGAACGUGGAGGGGACCCCAGAUGAUGCAGUGCCCGAGGAUGGCACUUCAUUGGUCGAAUCACCAUACAAAUGGGUUGUUGAAGCUGCCAACUAUUUGUACCCAGCUUGUGCCCCAGCCCUCAGUGAAGCUCUGGACAUGAUUGAAUCUGACCCAGAUGGGUGGUGUGACCUGACCCAGUUUGACCUGCCCGAGGAGCCCUUGGCCGGCAGCGGCAGCGCCAGCCCGGCCAGACCGGCGCCCGGUGAGGCGGCCCUGGCGCUGCCCAGCGUCACCGAGUACCGCCUGGACGGCCACACCAUCUCUGACCUGAGCAGGAGCAGCAAGGGAGAGCUCAUCCCCAUCUCCCCCCAUGCUGAGGGCAGCUUUGGCACCCCGCCCUCAGUGCUGAAGAGGCAGAAGAAGAGGAAGAUGUCCCUCUCGCCUGUCACAGAGAAUGUGGCCAGCACCAGCAUGUCCUUCCUGGACUCCUGCAACAGCAUGACGCCCAAGGGCACCCCUGUAAAGACACUGCCCUUCUCUCCAUCUCAGUUCUUGAACUUCUGGAGCAAACAGGAUACACUAGAACUGGAGAACCCUUCCCUGACCUCCACGCCUGUGUGCAGCCAGAAGGUGAUUGUCACCACCCCACUGCACAGGGACAAGACCCCUCUGCUCCAGAAGAACUUAGCGUUUGUCACACCAGAUCAGACCUAUGUGGCGGACAACACACCUCACACUCCCACACCUUUCAAAAAUGCCCUGGAGAAAUAUGGACCGAUUAGACCUCUGCCCCAGACUCCUCACCUGGAAGAAGACUUGAAGGAGGUGCUCCGAAGUGAAGCUGGCAUUGAACUCAUCAUAGAGGAUGAUGUGAAGCCUGAGAAACAGAAGAGGAAACAAGGGCUGCGCAGGAGCCCCAUCAAGAAGGUCCGGAAGUCUCUGGCCCUGGAUAUUGUGGAUGAAGACGUGACACAAAACCUGCCUGCCCUCCCCAAGACUGUGUGUUUCAAAAGAGCCCAGCCUGUGAAUUUCCUGUCAAGGUCUCUGAACCUGUCCUCCUCGAGCAGGAAGAAUGACAGUGGUUUACUCAACAGAGCCUUUGUGCAAGUGCAGCCAGAGAAAAUGUCCUACAGGAAAAUGCCAAGCCAUUUCAGGCCACCAGCACCGAUGACCAGGGCUUGGAAAGCAGUGGCCUGUGGUGGAACUCGAGACCAACUCUUCAUGCAGGAGAAAGCUCGACAGUUUUUGGGCACAUUGAAACAGAGUCACACAUCAAGGACCUUAAUCUUAUCAUGAAGGAUUGUUCUGAUUUCUAAUCUUAUUUUUUAAACCUUUUUAAUAAGUGGAGGGGGAACCACAGGAAAAAAUAUCUUCUGCCAGGCCUUAGUAUAUGGGAGUGGAUUUUUUUUUCCCUUCAGUUCCCAGGUAGAUCUACAUUGUAAUAAAUUGGGCUAACUGCUGGCUAGUGUGUGGAAUGCAAGCUUUGGGAUCAUUAUGGAAAGGCAAACGAGGGAGGCUUGGAGAGCUGACAGCAAGACCUCUCUCUGCAAGACCUGAGUUCUGGAAAAGUGGAAGCAGCUCUGUGCUGCACCUUGGAGCAGCAGGUGCUGGAGACUGGCCUCACAGCAUCCCUGGAUUCCUGCUGCUGCUCUGGUACCUCAGCAAUGGCUUUGUGAAUGUUCCUGCAUGCCUUGAGUGUCCCUCCUGGCUUUCCCCAGGGGAUGGAGUGUCUCCCUGGGCUGGAGAAGGAGGAGGGAGGGUGUGGUGCUGUGGGGUGACCUGUGCCUGGAGCCCCUUGCUCCCCAUGGGGCUGCUUUGUCCUGCCAUGGCUCCAGCAGGGGCCUCUCCCCACAACUGUGCUCCCUCUUCCAAUAAAUGAUGGUGCUCACA